UCCAAGCAUCAAUGAAUGAGUUUACAAAAAAUCAUUAAAAUGGGACGGUCUCUGUUGAUUUACACCGUCGUACGUUUCCGAAUCCAGGAUUCUUGUUUUUGUUGAAAUUUUGGACAUCUUUUUGGACAUUUCGCCAUGUCGUUUUGAUUAUUGGCAAUUCUGUGUAUUUGUUUUGAACGGAAACCCUAUGCAGGCUGCAGCCCAGAGCUUCGCUUCGACUGUGUUGUUGAUUUCGCUGCAUUUCUGAUGGAUGCCAUAUCUGCUGGGAUUUUUGGGUUAUUGUUGAUGGAACAUCAGUGAAUGUGGCGCGAAAGUGGAUCAGAGAAGUGAACAUGUCCGCUCCCGCGGAUGGGUCCUUGGCGGGUAGUCAGGACAUUAAGCAGCAUUUUGUGACGCGGGAAGGAGCGUACCGCAAUCUGGUGACACACGAGUAUUCGCGUCCCCGUCUCCAGAAUUCGGCCUUGAGCGGUGCGCAACAAGCCAAUGUGCCCGUUAGAAUGAGUCUGGUGCAGGUCGCUGAUGAUCAGGAGACGGGCUAUCCGGAUAGAUUGCUCUUUAAUAUUGGACGGGAGAUCUUUCUGUAUGCCUUCAAAAGUAUUUGGGAGGUUCCCGACUUGGCUCAUCCGCUGGAUCGUCAGAUCCAUAAAGCUCUUCCAACAUGCCACGAUAUAAACAGGGUUAGCUGUUCCACUCAAGGCUGCACUGUCCUAAUUGGAUUUACGACCGGUUCUUUCCACGUGACGGAUCCCCGAAAGGAUCCGCACAUUUAUAACGAAGAUCGGAUGCUGGACAAAACCAAAGUGACCUGCGUUAAGUGGAUACCGGGCUCGCUCCAGCAGUUCCUGAUCAGCUUCUCCAGCGGUCAGCUAUUCCACUGUGAUGACUCCCUGUCGUGGAUAACGGCCCCACCUUCCUACAGUCUCCACAAGCACGGCGAGGGCUAUGCGGUCUACACGACGAAAUCCCGGUCGAAUCGGAAUCCGCUGUAUCGGUGGAUGAUUGGCGAAGGAUCUCUGAAUGCGUUUGCAUUUUCGCCUUGUAACCGUUAUUUGGCCACCGCCGGGCACGAUGGCUAUCUCCGCGUCUUUGUCUUCGAUACCAUGGACCUGUUGGGAAUAGCCAGGAGCUAUUUUGGCGGUUUAUUAUGCCUGUGCUGGUCACCGGAUUCUAAAUUUGUGUGCUGUGCCGGGGAGGAUGAUUUAGUGCAUAUAUGGAGCGUGGAGUACCGGCGGAUUGUGGCCCGGGGCCGCGGACAUCGAAGCUGGGUGACGGCGGUCAGUUUUGAUCCGCUGACGAGCUGCUUGACGCAGGAUGUGAUUGCGGGACUUGCGGAUGCGGGGAAGAAUACCGGUGGCGGGGGAAACAGACCUGCUGGAGACGCUGUGAGCCAGCGGAUAACAACGUACAGGUUCGCCAGCGUGGGUCAAGAUACGCAAAUCUGUCUGUGGGAACUGACUGACGACAUUGUGAAGCAAUCGGUCGUAUCCCGAUUACGCACCGGCUCCGCCGUUCUUCCCAUGGCCCCCGUCCUCAAUCCGCCAUUCCCCCUUGUGCCCGAGAAACCCGCCAAAGAGCACAACCACCGUCGCAACAUUCCCCUGUUGGGCGGUCGCUUCGGCGACAAAUCGUCCUCCAGUUCGCAUGCGCACAACAAGCACAGCGCCAGUGCGCCCUCCUCCGUGGCGGCGCCCUCGCGGAGUGAGUCGCGUGAUGAAGGCGCCGGGGGCGGGAAGAUGCUGGGCAGCUGGCAGUGUCCCAAGUUGGACGAUGUACCGCUGCUGGAGCCGCUGGUGUGUAAGCGGAUCGCCCAGGAGCGGCUGAAUGAUAUUGUCUUUCAUGAUGACUGCAUUCUCAUCUCCACGCAGGAGGGCCUCAUUAUGACGUGGGCCCGCCCCGGCCGGACCCCGGCCAAUCACUCUAGUCGGCAGAAUUCGUGUUCCAAUUGAUAUGGAUGGGUGUGGAUCGAUUUUUUCAGUUUGUUGUUGCGUUUCUUGUUGUCGUUUGGUUGUUUGUGCGUGUGUGGAGGUUUUGAUUGUUUUUAGCGGAUUCUAUUCGAAAUUUGAGCACCCCCGGUCUUUUCAAGUAUUUUGAUUCUUUACGGUUUGGGAAAAAUCUUAAGUAUUUCAUUAAUUUUAUCUUGGCGUGAAGUUGUGAAUUUUUUGGUUGUUGCGUUUCUUUUAAGUGAAUGUGCUGUUUUUUUUCUAGCGCAACGCACAUGGUAAUUUGUUCUGACUUGGAAAUGGAAACUUAGAAAUGCACAACAUCAUAAAAA